AUGCUUGCGUCCUUCACAACACACCUGUCACAGCUGAGACUGGCCAGCUCUGCGAGAUUUCACAGGUUGAAUAGCGUCGUCGGCCUCCGACAGUAUAGUUCCAAUAACACGGAACCGCAUCUGAACUUCCGAAGCUUCGUGGAGGCACUUCGAGAUGACGGCGACCUCGCAGACGUGUAUCAGGAGGUGGACCCUGACCUCGAGCUAUCUGCAAUUACUCGUCGUGCUCUCGAGACAUGCGACAAGGCGCCCCUCUUCCACAACGUGAAGGGUGCUCGGGACGGUCUGUUUAGGGUAUUGGGAGCCCCUGCGUCGCUCCGGAAGAAAAAGACGGAACAAUUCGCCCGAUUGGCGAGACACAUAGGCCUCGAACCGACGGCGACCAUGUCAGAGAUCUUCGACAAAAUUCUCGGCGCCAAUAAGUUGAAGCCCAUACCCCCUGUGCGAGUCGCCGACGGCCCCUGUAAGGAGAACAAGCUUUUCGGGGAUGAUAUUGACCUCAACAAAAUGCCUGUGCCCCAAAUGCAUAGAUUCGACGGCGGGAAGUACCUCCAGACAUACGGCAUGCAUGUCGUGCAGACUCCAGACAAGGAAUGGACAAACUGGUCCAUCUCCCGAGCUAUGGUCCAUGACAAGACGCGUCUCAGCGGCCUAGUGAUGCCACCCCAGCACAUCGGCCGCAUCUUUGCUCAGUGGCAGAAGAAGGGAGAGGACAUCCCUUGGGCAAUGGCGUUUGGAGUGCCCCCGGCAGCGAUUCUGGCGUCUGGCAUUGGAGUUCCCGAAGGGGUCUCUGAAGCUGAUUUUGUUGGUGCAAUGUGCGGUGUCCCACUAGAGGUGGUGAAGUGCGAGACAAACGACCUAUGCGUCCCGGCAAGCUCAGAGAUUGUGAUGGAGGGAACCAUUUCUGUCACGGAACGGGGCCCAGAGGGACCAUUUGGCGAAAUUCACGGUUACACAUUCAUCGAACCUCCCAAAUACAUGCCCUUGUUCACGGUUAAGGCGGUGACGUACAGGACCAACGCGAUCCUCCCGAUUUGUGUACCAGGCAGACCUGUUGAUGAGACCCAUACACUCGCAGGUGCCUUCUGCGGUGCCGUGAUUCGUCAACUCCUUCAAGACGCGGACCUCCCGGUCAAAGAGGUUUUCACGCCCUACGAGACGCAGACCUUGUGGGCGGUAGUACAGAUCGACGGCGCACGACUUCGUACCAUGAAGACCAACCCGAAAGAGCUCUGCCAGCGUAUCGGAGAUACCAUUUUCCCCAACAAAACUAGCAUGUUUGAACAUCACAUCUUGGUCGUGUCCGACGAAAUCGAUAUCUACAACUUCAAAGAUGUCAUGUGGGCGUAUGCCACCCGGUGCAGGCCAGGUGUGGACAACUUCUACUUCCACAAUACCCUUGGCUUUCCCUUGGUGCCCUACCAGUCUCAGGGUCAGGGACCUCCCGACGUUGCCACGAAGAUCGUGUCUAAUUGUCUCUUGCCGGUCGAGUAUACCACGGGGCCGAAUUGGGAGGUGGGCGACUUUGAGCGCGGGUUUCCCGAGGAAAUCAAGCAGAAGGUGCUUGCCAAUUGGUCUAAAUUGGGAUUUUGA